UGCACUCAUCGCCGCCCCCUUUCUUCCAGUCCGGCCCCCACCGACUAUUGCGCCUUGGCUUUCAGCAGGACGCACUGCCCCUUUCAUUUUACUGGAGAUGCCGCUCGAUCCGACGCCCAGCUCAUUCUCGCUCCUCCCGCUAGACUAGCAGUCGCACAGUGGCAGAACCAUCGAGAUAGUCGAGCCCGCAGUGGUAUCGCAAGACAUCGGGUCGACACCCCUACUCCUUCCCUAAGGGAGUGACUGUGCUCUAUUCUACGAAGCUAUCUAGGUCUUCUUCUACUAGUGAGCCUUAUUCGUCUCUGAUUGCCACAGCCUGCUACGCAUCCCCCCCGCCGUUACAGAACAGCCCUCGGUUGCCUAAUCGCGAAUACUAUAGCGCCUAGUUGUCGCUAUUCUCAGAUUCCGGUCCCUCUACACCCGUCGAUAAAGUCUUAGAAAGCACCCCUCGGUGAUAUAGUCUAAUAGCAAAUAUACUGUAUACGCUACUAACCUAGUCGAUCCUAUAUCAUUCGACCCCUGCUCGGACUGCGACAGGGAAACAAUACUAUAACCCCUGCGUUAUAUCGAAUAGCGAACGGGCUGCCUGCUAAGUUCCCAAAUCCGGGCCACUCCCACUUCUCUCUCCACACAUUUACCCCUCCACCCACGGAACUGAGCAAAACCACAAUGAUAUACAGGGAGGGGCCAGAGUUUCCAUUCUUCUGCCACAUCUGCGGCGCACCCCCAAUAUGGCGCGGGUUGCUGGCAGACAGCACCCUCCAACACCUCGCCACAGAAGAAGACGAUUUCGACCAUAGAGACUAUCGAUACCCGGAUUUCAUGCCCCACCAGGAGAACCUAGGAUACGAUGCGAGGUUGCUUCCACCGAGGCAUAUCAGGUGGCUUGAUGCGGUGCGGCUCGUCACGAAGAAGAUUGUGGACACGGUUAAGUUCACAGUGACAGACGGGCACGUGCCUCUGUUGACUCCGCUGGCCGUAUAUGUCAAUAUCGACGACGGCACAUUCCACUACCCCGAAGAUGGCAAUUGGUUGUCCUGUAACGUCGACGGGUACUUGGUACACGAUACGUGCUUCCAGAUGUUGGAGCGCGUGCACCAACACCUACAGGCCACUUCUGGUUCAAGUCUUCAUCUUGAUCUGGAGCAGUUAUGGGGUUGGUUGGAGCGCGGUCUGGACGAUCGCAACAAUGACCUGGUCGAUUGGGGGUUCGGGGACGCAUUCCAGGACGCUAGUACACGCUGGCAUGGCAAGAGGUUUGAUCCUUCCUGGCAGGAGUGGAUUCCGGUGAAGGGGUCAAUGUGGACUGUAAUAGAUCCUGAAGGUCCAUUCAAUUGCCAACCCCUGCUCCACCAUGCAUCGACAAGUACUCAGCCUGGUUAUUCCUUCACCAGCAGCGUCAAGCUGGUGCAGGCAAUUGUACCAGCUCUCCAGCAUCCCGAGCCCAACGUCAACGUCCUCUCAUUACUCUCGUGCGAACUCCAACUGAGCAUCCUAGAACUCCUCCCGACUUCAUCCGUGCUCAAUCUCUUCCUCGCCAGCCCUGACUUUCGCCGUCAUAUAGAGCACCUCCCGUCCAGCUUCUGGAAGUCCCGUCUCUUCUUUGAGGUGCCGUGGUGUGCGGAUAUUAUUCUGUCGCAAAUACCAACAGCCCAAGGCGGUGGAACAGCGAAUAGUAGAGUCCAGUUUGACCGGCUUCUGCGCUUUCUGGAGGAAUUUUAUGCGUAUCCAGGCCGGGAGCCAGAGGGCGAGAACCUUGAGUUCAAGGGGCUGAGGAACCGGCGCCGUAUUUGGAUGAAUUGUAAGCGGAUCCUGAAGGAGAUAGAGGCCCAGAGCAGUAGUAGCAGUGGUCAUAGAGAGCAAGUCUAAGCAAAAUAUGGGUUUUGGUCCCCAUCCUAAAAUUUAGAAAACUAAAAUAUGG